UGUGUUUGCAACCUGUAGUUGAUACUUUCGGGAGACUUCUGCCAACUUCCUCCAGUGCCGGAACGUGGUAAAGACGGAAUUCAAAUACCAUCUACGUUCGCCUUUGAGGCGGAAAGUUGGAGUCGUUGCAUCAAACAGCCUAUAGUGCUAACGCGAGUUUUUCGGCAAAAAGAGCAAAAAUUUGUCGACAUGCUCAACGCGAUGCGUUUUGGAAAGUUGGACAAAGCUUCUGUUCAAGCUUUUUUCAGUCUUUCGCGCCCAGUCGUGUAUGAGGAUGGCAUCGGGCCAACACAGCUGUACCCCAUUCGCUCAGAGGUUGAUUCAGCAAAUCAAAGAAAGCUUGCUUCACUGUCUGGCGAUGGAAUUAAAUACCCGGCAACCGACUCACCUGGACGCGAUUCGAAUGACAAUCUUGUUUCACUCGAACAGAUGGGACGCUUGUUGGAAAGGCUUGUGGCACAACGAGUGAUCCAUCUAAAAGUCGGCGCACAAGUCAUGCUUAUCAAGAACAUGGUGCAGGGGCAGCUGGUAAACGGGUCUGUGGGGCAAGUGAUCAGAUUUAGUACUUCUGAGGAGGCUAUGCAGACCGCUACUCCAAUUGCCACGGAGGAGGGUCUCAAGGGUGGCCCCUCCACGAAGUCCGAGCUCCCUGUCAACUACGACAAUUCCCAAUGGCCCGUUGUCCGAUUCACGUGUGGCAAAGAAAUACUGUGUGUGCCAACCGACUUUACCGUCGAUAAUGCAGAUGGUGGUGUAGAGGCGAGAAGACGACAAGUGAGCCCUCUGACUUUCGCUUAAAUUCGGUGAAUGAACAAGAUUAGGUUCCCUUGAUAUUGGCUUGGGCACUGAGUGUCCAUAAGUCUCAGGGGCAAACUCUUGAAAGGGUGAAAGUGGACCUUGGGCGAACUUUUGAGAAAGGCCAAGGUAAUUCUUUCCUGAAGACUCAUCACACGUGUUCAUGACGCGUCCUCAGCAUAUGUUGCACUUUCUCGUGCUACUAGCAUGAGCACCUUGGAAGUAUUGAAUUUUCAUCCAAAUAGGUAAGCUUCCCAUUCAAAAUCUGCUUUGCCAUGUUUGAACUAACCACGCCUUGUUG